CCCCCUCGGCCCCCUGGCCCCCGGGCCCUGGACCUGCGCCAGCACCUAGAACGCUGGGGCCACAGCCCGGAGAGCUGCCCGCAUGUGCGGGUGAGCAGCGGCUGCUGCCGGGGGCCACUGGUCAAGGUGGGGGGCCGCAUCAAGACCUGGAGAAAGCGCUGGUUCUGCUUCGACCGCCAUGCCCGCCGGCUGGCCUACUAUGCUGACAAAGAGGAGACCAAGCUCAAGGGAGUCAUCUACUUCCAAGCUAUCGAAGAGGUCUAUUACGACCACCUGCGAUGUGCCUUCAAGAGCCCCAGCCCCCGCCUGACGUUCUGCGUCAAGACCUACGAGAGGCUUUUCUACAUGGUGGCCCCCAGCCCCGAGGCCAUGCGCAUCUGGAUGGACGUCAUCGUGACGGCGGCAGAUGAGAACCACGCCCCCUGACCCGGGCCCGCCCAGCGCCCUGGAAGCCCCGCCCAUUCCCUUCCCUACGAGCCCCUACGCCCCUCCCCCACUGCCGGCAGCUCCGCGGCCUCACUUUGUCGGUCUGUGAAAUGAGGCCCCUUUUUAUCCCAGGUGUUAAGUAGGGCCCUCCCCACUGCCAAUGUUCCGAGCCCGGGCAUUCUAGUCCUCGCCGCUCUCCCGAGCAGGCCCCUCCCCCAACGUCACUUUCCCGGUGGAAGGCCGGGCCCCUCGGAACGGUCCGCCCCGCCUGGUGGGCUGCUGCCUUCCGCUGCUCGGCGGGUCCGAGCUCGGCUUCCCAAGUGCCCUCAAACCCUCCGGCCCGGAGGAGGCGGUGGCUGCCAGCUUCACCCGAGAGCCCCGGUCAUUGGGGCGCACGGGGGCGGGGAGGAGGGUUUAUUUAUUGACGCUCAUGUGGGGAUCUAUUAAACACUGAGGAAAAACA